AUGACUUCAACUUCUGGUGAAAAUCCUAGUGAAAGCGAAACUCCUGAAGCAUUAGAACAAAAAGGCUUUCAAUCCCGUCCGGAAACACAUAACGGUGCUGAACGUGAUCUCUAUUCUUGGACACAAACCAUCGGCGAUAUCGAUGUUCGCGUCAAAAUUCCGAAAACGAUUAAGAAAGGCAAAGAAGUCAAAGUUACUUUGGCGAAGCAACACGUUAAAAUCGAUUUAAUCGAACCGACUGGUACUCGAACAAUCAUCGAUAGCGAUUUACCAUGGCCAAUACGUGCCGAAGAGUCAACAUGGAGUUUAGUUCCCGGUGAACAUAUUCAUAUUUCGAUGGAAAAAGCGCUGGAACGUUGGUGGGAAAACUUUUUGGUCGAUGAGAAGAAAAUUAACUUGAAACAUAUUCUGCCUGAGAAAUCAAUGGAGGAUUUAAACCAAGAAGAACAGAUGAAAAUUCAUCAAAUGAUGUAUGAUCAGAGACAAAAAGCCAUGGGUUUACCAACGUCAGAGGAACAAAAAUACCAGGAUAUAAUGAAACAGGCGUGGAAUGCUGAAGGAUCUCCGUUCAAAGGACAACCUUUUGACCCUUCUAUAAUGGAGGAAAAGCGCAAAGCAUUUCGAAAGCAAACAACAGGCGUGAAGGCUGAACGACGAAAGAAAAAGAAACAAGAUGAAGAAAAUCCCGAGUCAAAAAAAGCAACAACCCUAGAAGAAGCAAAACGACGUAACCCAAAAGCGUUUAGUAUACAAAAUCCCAUCAAAGCUCAACAAGAAUUUCGGCGGAGUCAGGAUAUCAAAGAGAAACGAAUACAUCUACCCGAAGUCGAUCGAACGCCGCUUGAACCCCCGCCUGUUGUUGUUGCCUUAGUUGGACCUGCGAAAGUUGGCAAAAGUUUAUUAAUGAAAUGUUUAAUUAAGAACUUUACAAGACAACGACUAACUGAUAUUCGAGGACCAGUAACAGUUGUUUCAGGGCGAAAACGUCGAAUUACGUUUAUUGAAUGCCGAAAUGAUAUUAAUUCAAUGAUUGACGUUGCGAAAAUAGCUGAUCUAGUCUUGCUUUUAAUCGAUGCAAAAUUUGGUUUUGAAAUGGAAACGUUCGAAUUUUUAAAUAUUGCACAAAUCUAUGGUUUGCCGAGAAUUAUGGGUGUUUUAACUCAUAUGGAUUUGUAUAAAAAAAUGAAUAAGCAAUUGAAUAAGCGUAAAACUCAGUUGAAACACCGAUUUUGGACGGAAAUUUAUCAUGGUGCGAAAUUAUUUCUCAUGUCUGGAAUGAAAAACAACGAAUAUAUCCAACGUGAUGUUCAGAAUUUAGCAAGAUUUAUUUCUGUAAUGAAAUUUAAACCAUCUACAUGGAAAACGUCACAUCCAUUUGUUGUUGCCGAUCGAAUGGAAGAUCUAACAGAACCCGAACUGAUUCGAACGGAUCCUUUGUGCAAUCGUACAGUGUGUCUGUAUGGUUACGUACGCGGAUGUCCAAUUAAAUCUGAUACACCGAUUCAUAUUCCGGGUUGUGGAGAUUAUAAAUUGACCAAUAUAUCAGCUUUGCCAGAUCCGUGCGCACUGCCAGCCGAUCGGUCGGGAAAAACUAAACAAGCUCGACGAGUUUUGAACGAAAAAGAACGACUUCUUUACGCACCAUUUUCUGGUGUUGGUGGAAUUGUUUAUGAUAAAGAUGCUGUUUACAUCGAAUUAGGUGGUUCACAUUCACAUCGAGCAGCAAAUAAUAACGAAAAAACAAGACCAAUCAAUGAAUAUGUAGCAAACAUUUUAUCAACAAAACAAACAAUCGAAGAAAAGGUGGCAUCGAGUCACUUGAAGUUGUUUGCUGAUAGUGAACCAAUCACAGCUGAAGAAGAACAAGUCCCAGAACGAAGAAAAGUGAGAUUUGAAACAGAAGAUGAAGAUGUUCCUGAAGAAGAUGACGAAGAAGACCAAGACGAAGAUGAGGAAGACGAAGGUGAAGAUGAGGAAGAAGAAGAAGAAAAUGAUGAUGAUGAUGAUGACGAGGAAUCUGAACAUGAAGAAUUCGGCUCGUCAUGGAAAGAAAAUAUUUCCAAGAAAUUUGCAAUUAGUUAUGUACCAAAUAAAGCCAUCAAUUGGACAAAACUUGUCUAUGAAAAAGGAGGUGAAGAUGCAUCGGUUGAAGAUCUGAAUUCAAAUAAUGAUAAUGGAGAAGUUGGCGGUUUAUUUCGUGUGUCUCGUCAGAAGAAGAUCAAUGUUAACGAUCAAGAAGAUUAUACGUUGGAUAAUCAAAGCGAAAAACGUAAUUGGGAUUUAGAUGAUGUUUGUGAAUUAAUUCGUGAUUGUUUUGUAACUGGAAAAUGGGAGAAAGAUAAAGAUGCCGCGAAAUUACUUGCCGAAGAUGAUGAAAUGAACGAUGAUGAUGAAGAUCUAUUUGGUGACUUUGAAGAUCUUGAAACAGGUGAAAAGAGUGAAGAAAAAGAUAACGAAGAAAUGGAAUUCGAUGAUGACGACGAUGAUGAAGGAGAUGAAGAUGGCGAUGGUAAAGAUGACGAAGAAGCGACACUUCGAUCUAAAAAAGCAAAAUUAAAAUCUACAUUCGAUGCUGAAUAUGAUCAGUCGAAAGAUCCCGACUCGAAAUACCUCGAUGAACUAAAAAAAGAAGUCGAAAUACAAACGAAAUUGAAUCGGUCCGAAUUCGAAAAUAUGCCUGAUGAUGUUCGUGUUCUCUACGAAGGUUAUCGUCCUGGAAUGUACGUUCGUUGUGAAUUAACGCAACUUCCUUGUGAAUUCGUCAAUAAUUUCGAUCCUCGAUACAUAACCAUUCUUGGCGGAAUGCCUGUAACAGAAUCUCAUACAGGCUACAUUCAAGUUCGUUUGAAAAAACAUCGUUGGCAUAAGAAAAUCUUGAAAAGCAAAGAUCCAUUGAUCGUUUCAUUGGGUUGGAGACGAUUUCAAACAAUUCCAUAUUAUUUCAUUCAAGAUCACAAUAUGAGACAUAGACUGUUGAAAUAUACACCGCAACAUAUGUAUUGCCAUGCGAUAUUCUAUGGACCGAUUACUCCACAAAACACAGGUUUUAUUGCUGUUCAACAAACUGCUGGACGCACGGAUUUUCGAGUCACAGCAACAGGUGUAGUUAUUGAUUUAGAUAAAUCUACGAAAAUCGUGAAGAAAUUAAAACUUAUUGGUACACCGUAUAAAAUAUUUAAGAAAACUGCGUUUAUUAAGGGAAUGUUCAAUUCGUCAUUAGAAGUAGCAAAAUUUCAAGGUGCAUCAAUUCGAACCGUCAGUGGAAUACGUGGACAGAUUAAGAAAAUCUCCAAAGAACAUCCGGGCGCGUUUCGUGCUACAUUUGAAGAUAAAAUUCUCCUCAGUGAUAUUGUCUUCCUACGAGCAUGGUUACCAUUACAAAUACCGAAAUUUUAUACACCUGUAACAAAUCUCUUGAUGAGUCCAGAACAAAAAGAUCAAUGGCAAGGACUUCGACAACUUGGUCAACUUAAACGUGAUAUGAACAUUCGUAACGAACCGAAUGUUGAUUCCCUUUACAAACCAAUCGAAAGAAAAGAACGAGUAUUUCGUCCAUUACAAAUUCCGACACAACUUCAACGUGACUUACCUUUUCAUCUAAAACCAAAACCGGCCGAAGCUGCAACAGUGAGAGAUCCAGUCGAAGAAAAACAACGUGUUGCCGUCAUUCUGGAACCACAGGAGAAAAAGAUCGCUGAUAUAAUGAAAAUGUUUACAACGGUCUAUAAAGAUCGUUUGAAGGCGAAACAAAAAAGUCAAACAGAUCGUAAUGCUCAAUACCAAAAGCAACAGAAGAUGACUACUGGACUUCAUCAGCCUACGCUCACGGAAAGUCUUACUUUACUCGGAUGGAAAUUAAAACGCGAUGCAGAAAUUCGAGGUAAGCAUUUUACGAUCUCAAAUCGAAUUGUAUUGCUAAAAGCCGUUCUAGAACGGAAAGAUGAAGCGAAUUUUGAAUGUGACGUUGAACCAACAUCUACAUCCUAUGCAGCAUUCGAAUAUAUGUCAACAACCGAUGAUGGCUACGAUCCAUAUGCUGGUCUGAAUGUUGAUCUUUGUCUCGAAGUUGACGCAUUGGAUUUGAAUAAUACAAGUCAACAAAAUAAUGAUGAUUAUGACCCGUACGAAGUUUUUAUGAGAAUGAAUACACGUCGAACAGCUAAUGGACGCGAACGACCUCCACUUGCAGUCUUGCCUUCGCACUCAACUUCACCUCUAGUCAAUAAUUAUCGACAUUAUAAUUUUGCUGAUGAUGAUACACCAGUUAAAUAUCCAUUAGCCAUUGGACAUGUCGAUCGUCGAGUAAAAACUCCUAAUAUUCGUGGUGGAUAUACGAAUCGACCGUCACUCGAAGAAGAUCGUCGGCCUCGUGGCGGAAUGACUAAUCGGCCAGUUGCCCCAUCUUCUACUCCAUCCUAUCGUCAACCAUCGACGGUGAUUCCUCGUCGUGGUGCUCCAGCAUCGUAUAGUGGUACACGUGAAUAUCCACCUAGUGCAUCGUCAAAACGCGUUACAUUUCGUCAUUCAAAUGAUUUUAAUUCAGGUGAUGAUUUUGACGAAGAUGAAGAAGACGACGAUAGUCUUGAAGGUGAACUUCAUCAGCCAAUUCAACGUCGGAAUAAACCGCCGCGACGUACAGCUGCUCGGAUUGCUGUCCAACGCUUUCGAGCUGGUCACCUUCGUUCGUCGAUUGCUGACGAUGAUCUCGAUGAUGAUAUUGCACCGACGGUUACCGAAAUGGAUAUGCUCGAAGAUCAAGAACUCGAUGACGAAGAGAAUGAUGAAGAAAUGAAUGUACAAACAGCAAGUACAAAAACAAUGUCAUCACCAGCGAAACUAUUACCUCCUCCAGCUGCACCUCCUGUAAAACCGACAGGAGGAACGAUUAAAUCGUCCUAUAUUGGUAAUAUGCUGCCAAGUUUCUACGAACAAUUGCCUGAAUCGAAAAAAAUGCUCUUACAAGAUGCAACCAUUGAUUCAUCAUCAAAUAGUAUAAUGAAUAUCGAUGGACCCACAAAGAGUCAAAUCGAAAUUGUUUCACCGGGAAAGAAGCAAGCGGGCUUAACAACCGAACAUAUCGAAGGUCCUGGUGGCGAAGAGAUAAUCGAUGAAGAAAAUCGUUUACAAUUCCGCAAUACAACCAUUGCUCAACCUAAUAAACGUUCUACAGGCUAUCAAAAUUCCAAACGAUACUAUGACAACGAAGACGAAGAAGAAGAGCAACAACAAAUGAGAAAGCGUAGUCGUCCGAAUGAUGAUGAUUAUUCAGUAAAUAGUAAUAAUCGACAAUCACAAUAUGCAAAACAAAAUCGAUAUAGAAAAUAUGAAGAUGAUGAAGAGUACGAUAUCAAUCAAGAUUCACAACAACAACAACAACAAGAUGAAGAAUUUCAUCAAACAGUACGAGUACCUGCUCGACGAGGUCGACCACCUUCUCAACAUCACCAACAGCAACAAGAAGAUCCAUCGAAAAAGUACGCACGUAUUAUCUCUCAAUUCGAAGAACAACACGGAUUGAAAUUCGGCGAUAUGCGUGUCUUUGCACCUAAACUUCGUUUGCGCAUAUCCAGUGUGAACGUCAAUUGGAUCAAUCUACCACCGAUACCCAAAUUACCUAAUAAAGUUCAUCAGUGA